AUGGAUGCUGUGAAACAUGGGGAUGUGACUGUGAGUGUCUGUGACCUCUAUGGAGACCCUCACUACAUCUCUUUUAGUGGUGCAACCUUUGAUUUUCUGCAAAACUGCACCUACAUUCUGGUGGAAGAGCAGUCACCCAAGCACCACCUGACCAUUUUGGUGGACAACUUCUACUGCGUACCAGGACUCCAAGGCUCCUGUGUUAAGGACGUCAUUGUGAAAUAUCAGAACAACACGGCUGAGCUCAGCGUAGACUAUGAUGCUGUUGGUAUUCAGGCCACUCUGAAUGGCGAGAAGGUUCAACCACCAUUUGAGGCAGAGGGGAUAAGGUUUGAAACCACAGACUAUGAAGUAUUAAUCGUCCUUCCUGAUAUCCGCUCUUUUGUCUCCCUCUCUCCAUCUUUUAACCUGGUGGUCAACCUUGCCAUGGAAAACUUUGUCAACAAUACUCAGGGUCAAUGUGGUGUGUGUGGUGGUGCAUCAUGCAUCCGUAGAGGAGGCAAGAUUGAGGACGACACCUGCUGUGACAAGACAGCCUAUGACUGGGUUCACUAUGACCCUUUGAAGCCGAUGUGUUUUUCUGCACCAGUAGAUGUACCGUGUGUCAUGGUUGAUCCCCCGGAAACCACUGGACCCCCACCUACCUGUGUACCAAACUCAUUAUGCCAACUGCUUGAACACCCGUACGCUUCACGCUACACACAAAAAUGUUCUGUUAGAAAAGUGUGA